AAAAAGGUUAGGACAAAUAAAGGAAAAACGGAGAGGGGGAAGCAGAGGGUAGUAGAUCUGUAGAAGGCCAUAACCUUUGGGCACAAGCUAGAGUCUUCUCACACUCUCUUAUACUUCGUCCCUGUCAAAGAGUAUCUUGGUUUUUCCAUUACACAUUUAGUUUGUUUGUUCAAUAUGCCAGAAGACAUCGUUUCUGAGCGUCCUUUAUUUGGGGGUAAACUGUCAAGCGCGUUUCCUCAACGAUUCCAGGAUCUUAGCGACAUUCGAGAAGUUCCCAAUCAUCAGGAGGCAUUUGCAGACCCUAGCCGAGAUGAAAGUUUGAUCUUUGAACUUUUAGAAUUCAAGCAUGACGUUGCCGAUGAUGGAAGUGCUACAUGGUUUCUUCAAGACCUUGCUACUGAGCAGAAUGCCGAAGGAAGUGUGGUGAUUGAGCAGUCUGGAGUUCUUGAAGCACCUGGUUUAAUAUACAAUAAUAUACCUGCUGUUAUAACUACUGCAAUAGGCCAAAUGGCAAGUUCUAAAGGACGGCAAGGAAGGGAAGCACAAAAUAUUGUGAAAGUGUAUUUGGCAAAUUUGCGUCUCAAGGGAGUUGGCACUGAUGUCCUAAUCACUGCAUACGAGCCCAUUGUUAUAAAUCCCUUGAGUGAGAGUGCUGGCACAGUUGGUGCUGGCUUAGCUGUUCCUGCCGUGCAAGCUGGAUGUGUACCCAUGGCUGAGGUCUUCAGACAUGCUGUUGAAAGCUUCAAGGUUUAUGACUGGGGUCUUUUCAGUGUAUGAUCCUGGUUUUUGCCAGGUGUCAAGAUUCUAGGAACAUAGUUACAGGGCCGAAAUUUUAGGCACUUGUCCCAGUAUGAUCCAUAUAAAAUCCCUAGUCGAUUUUCUGUUGGCCACUUGUUAUUCUGACGGAUUAUGUCACAGUUGUUCAUAGUUUAACCAGUUAUGAACCUGGUAACUUUGAAAGUAAUGUAGCUCCUCUUAAUAGAUUUUGCAGUCUUUUAAAACAUAGCCAACUGGUUUAUGCAUGAUAGGAGAUGUAUUAUUGAACCAUGAGUCCCUGCUGAAAUGAACAGGGCAUGUAUUUGCUUGUCAUUUGUUUCUUGCUUAAACAUCAUGUUUUGGCCUUAAAGUGUAAAACCACUUACUUACAAGACAAGCGUUGUCUGUUGAUGUAAAUGUUGCCAUUUGCUAAUCAUGCUCUUUGAACUGUAUAGCUCACAGAUAA